AGUGGAGAGUGUGGUUCACUUUUGGGUUUGGCAAAAGACAACAAACCCAUGAAAAAAAGGAAGUAAAUUUGGGAAAGAUUGCAAUGCAUUGGUUCAUACAACACAGAAGAAGAGGUGGUAAUGGAGUUGAUGAAUGAGAGGCUGUGGGUAUAACCAAAGUGAACGUGGGGUCAUUGUCUUAUCCUAAUUCUUGGAAUUGAGUGGGAGCCAAGAAAAAAAAAAAAAAAAAAGAAGAGAUUGGUGGAAACCACAAAUCUUUCAAAUUUCUGUUUUAACAAACACCCACAAGGGAAAAGAGGGUAACAGAGAGGCUUCUUCACCAAUGGCAAGUUUAGUAGCAAUCCAGCAGCAAGCUCAGCCCUCUUUCUCUAUCCUCCCUUCUUCUUUGUCUGACUUCAAUGGCACCAGACUUCACACUCAACUCCAGUGUAAAAGAAAGGUAUGGCAAACAAGGGGAGCACUGCAGGUAACAGCAUCAAGUUCCAAGAACAUUCUUGUAAUGGGAGGCACCAGAUUCAUUGGUGUGUUUUUAUCUAGACUUCUUGUCAAAGAAGGUCAUCAGGUGACCUUGUUUACCAGAGGUAAGGCACCAAUUACUCAACAAUUGCCAGGUGAAUCAGAUCAAGAUUUUGCUGAUUUUUCUUCCAAGAUCUUACACUUGAAAGGAGAUAGGAAGGACUUUGAUUUUGUGAAAUCCAGUCUCUCAGCUAAAGGCUUUGAUGUUGUCUAUGAUAUAAAUGGACGCGAAGCAGAUGAAGUUGCACCUAUAUUGGAUGCUCUACCAAAACUAGAACAGUACAUAUACUGCUCUUCUGCCGGAGUUUACCUCAAAUCUGAUCUUUUACCACACUGUGAGACAGAUGCCGUUGAUCCAAAGAGCAGGCACAAGGGAAAGCUUGAGACAGAGAGUUUACUAGAAUCAAGAGAUGUUAACUGGACUUCUAUAAGGCCAGUCUACAUAUAUGGGCCAUUAAACUACAAUCCUGUAGAAGAGUGGUUCUUUCACCGCCUGAAAGCAGGUCGCCCAAUUCCAAUUCCCAACUCAGGAAUUCAAAUUUCCCAACUUGGUCAUGUGAAGGAUUUGGCAACAGCUUUUUUACAAGUUCUUGGUAAUGAAAAAGCAUACAAGGAAGUAUUUAACAUAUCAGGGGAAAAGUAUGUAACUUUUGAUGGUUUAGCAAGGGCAUGUGCAAAGGCUGCUGGUUUUCCAGAACCUGAGAUCAUUCACUAUAACCCCAAGGAAUUCGACUUUGGUAAAAAGAAGGCAUUCCCAUUCCGCGACCAGCAUUUCUUUGCAUCUGUUGACAAGGCGAAACAUGUUCUUGGAUGGAAACCUGAAUUUGACCUGGUAGAAGGCCUUGCAGAUUCUUACAAUCUAGACUUUGGUAGAGGAACAUACAGGAAAGAGGCUGAUUUCUCCACUGAUGACUUGAUUCUUGGUAAGAGUCUUGUUCUCCAGGCCUAGAUCUUCAGAUUUUGUCUCCCUGUUUCUCUCUCCCUCUCUUUUUUUUCCCAUUUCCAUUCAAGUGUAGUAAUAAGUUAACAAAUACCAAACAAUCACCACUUCAAUAGAAAUAUCUGGAAUCCAGAUGUUUUGCACAGGCUGUUGUAAAAGGAAUUUGCAUAUUUGAUCAGGUCUGGAAUUGUGCUCGAUUCAAUUUGAA